CAUCAUCAUCAUCAUCAUCAUCCGGGAUGCAGCAUCGCUCUGCGCUAUAGCACAACACCGCGCGAGACCGGGCUCACCUUUAUGUGUGUUAUUGGGAGAUACACACAUGUUUAUGAUAUAUUAUUUUUUUCCUUCCAUGAUGCGUAAGCGGAAAUGAUCCUAACCUGAGUUCCACCUGCGCGCGCAGAUGCUAUCUCGCUCUCUCUCUCUCUCUCUCUCUCUCUCCCCGUCUGAGCUGCAUUAGAGAGCACCAACACCCACAGAGUAGCUCUGUCCCCAAAAUCCCUCCAUCCUCUUGUGCUGUGUCUCUCAGUACCAUGCUGCUCUGCUGAGAUUCCCUCUCUCUCUCUCUCUCUCUCUCUCUCUCUCUCUCUCUCUCUCUCUCCUCUAAAAUGAGCCGUUUCCUGUCUAAGUUGGACCCCAGGCGAGUCCAGUGGGGGUCAUUCGGCUCCCGUGUCCUCCGCACCAAGCCGGUGGAGUCCAUGUUGGAAAGUGAGAGCAGCACUAAAUUGGCACGUGUCUUGACGACCUUUGACCUGGUCUCCCUUGGUGUUGGCAGCUGCGUCGGUACGGGAAUGUAUGUUGUGUCCGGGCUUGUUGCUAAGGAAAUGGCUGGCCCAGGGGUCAUCGUGUCCUUCAUCAUUGCUGCCGUGGCCUCCAUCCUGUCAGGUGUGUGUUACGCUGAGUUUGGUGUGCGUGUGCCGAAGACGACGGGUUCAGCGUACACAUACAGCUACGUGACGGUGGGUGAGUGUGUGGCCUUCUUCAUUGGCUGGAAUCUGAUCCUGGAGUAUCUGAUCGGCACGGCGGCCGGAGCCAGUGCUCUCAGCAGCAUGUUCGACUCGCUCGCUAACCACAGCAUCAGCUCCUUCAUGAUCAGCCAUGUGGGCACGCUCAAUGGCCUCGGUAAAGGUGAGGAGGCAUACCCGGACAUCCUGGCCCUCUUCAUUGCCGUCCUUGUCACAGCCAUCGUGGCUUUGGGAGUGAAGAACUCUGUGGGCUUCAACAACGUACUGAACAUCAUCAACCUGCUCGUCUGGGUCUUCAUGAUGAUCGCUGGGUUUUUCUUUGUCGACAGCUCCAACUGGGAUGAAGGACGAUUCCUGCCUUUCGGCUGGUCAGGGGUAAUGCAGGGCGCGGCAACCUGUUUCUACGCCUUCAUUGGCUUUGACAUCAUCGCUACCACAGGAGAAGAGGCCAAGAGUCCUAACACCUCCAUCCCCUACGCCAUCACAGCAUCACUCAUCACCUGUCUCACUGCCUACGUCUCUGUGAGUGUGAUCCUCACCCUGAUGGUGCCCUACACCCUGAUCGACGCCGAUGCCCCCCUGAUGGAGAUGUUCUCUCAGCACGGGUUUUACUCUGCCAAGUACGUGGUGGCUCUGGGCUCCAUCGCUGGACUCACCGUCAGUCUCCUUGGCUCGCUAUUCCCCAUGCCACGAGUCAUCUACGCCAUGGCCGGGGAUGGCCUGCUCUUCAGGUUCCUGGCUAACGUGAGCUCGUACACAGAGACGCCGGCAGUGGCCUGUGUGGUGUCUGGGUUCUUCGCCGCCCUUCUCGCUCUGUUGGUGAGUCUGCGUGAUCUAAUCGAGAUGAUGUCCAUCGGCACACUGCUGGCUUACACGCUCGUCUCCGUGUGCGUGCUGCUGCUACGCUACCAGCCUGAAAGCGACAUCCAUGGCUUUGUCAACUUCCUCUCUGAGCAGGAAGUGGCCAGGAAGAGGGAGCUAGAGGAGAAGGAUGAAUACGAAGAAGGUGAUGAGUACAACGUCGAUGAUGGUGGUGGGUGCAUCUCGACAAACACCUGUGGCGCUAAGAAUCUCCCUUCGCUAGGCGACAAUGAGAUGCUAAUCGGCAAAUCAGACAAAACCAAGUCCAGCUACGCGGCUAAUCAUCCAAACUACGGCACUGUGGACAAAUCGACCGGGAUCGAGUCUGAUGAGACAGAAAACGCCUAUGUGCAGAAGCUCAAGAGGCUGAUGGGGCCUCGUUAUUACACCCUGCGGAUCCGCUUGGGGCUUCCGGGAAAGAUGGACCGUCCCACAGAGUCCACCGGCCAGACAGUGACUCGCUGUGUUCUCUUGCUCUUCGUCCUAGUCUUCGCGUUCUGCUCCCUAAUCACAUUCGGCGUGGGUUUCAUUGCCGAGGGACAGUGGUGGGCCGUGACGCUGCUCGUACUGCUCGUGAUCUUCAUCUCGCUCCUCGUCUUCAUUAUUGUGCAGCAGCCAGAGAACCCGAAGCGCCUGCCCUACAUGGCACCGUGCGUGCCGUUUGUCCCCGUCUCAGCCAUGCUGGUCAACAUCUAUCUCAUGCUGAAACUGUCGGGCAUCACCUGGAUCCGCUUUGCUGUCUGGUGCUUUAUAGGUGUGUUGAUUUAUUUCGGUUAUGGAAUGUGGAACAGCACUCUGGAGAUCACGGCUCUGGAGGAGGAAGCUCACGCCAGCACGUACCAGCGCUACGACAUGGGUGUCGACGACAACGUCGCUAUUGACGAUGACCUUUGCCCUCCGGGAGACUGGAAACCCCAAAGCAGGACCGAGAACCAGACCCGCAGCUCAGAAGAGGUUUCAGAUCCUAAAAAGUCCUCGUCAUCCCGCAGCAGAGCUAAAAACAAGAACGUGAAGCCCAGCUUCGAGGCUCUGGUGGUGGAUGACGACUUGGACGAGCCGCUGGAGUGAAGACAGUCUGAAAAUCGUGGGUCCACGGUAACACAAACUCUUGGGCUAGAUGAUUCCAUAUGCACUCCAAAGGUUUAUUGCGCUUACUGACCUAUUUAUCUGUUUUUAUUUGGUGUUUUAGCCGUAACUCUGUCUGGACGAUAGAUAAAUGACUCCUCCUCCUGCAUACCUUUGCACUUUGCUUGCUGUCACACUCCAAAGACGGACGGUCGUUCCUCCACUGCUGUUUCGGGAAUUGUAUUUUUUAAGUUUAACGUCUCGAGCUGCAGUAAAUAAUGCACUGUUUCUCUCCCACUAGCUAGCUCAUGAUCUUCUUCUGAGUGAAAAAACACAGAUGAAAGAGUAACGAAGUUCCAUCAACGUUAGCAGUUUACAGUGUUCAGCUAAAUCAUUUCUGAUAUGUUGCUAACACCUGAACAUGACAGGAAUUUAGCGAGUCCAGGGAUUAUCCUCCAGAUGAACUCCUCAUGACUGAGAACCAGUUGAGCGCUAAUGAAACAGGAAGAGAAAGCCUAGAGAAUCGACCAAUCACGUGUCAGAUCUGCUUAAUUAGCAUGACCGAUGAAUGUGGUGUGGUGAGACUCCGUGUGUGGUUUUGUUUUGAAAUGAAGAUGAGAAAACAGCUUUUUGUUUCUCGAAAAUUGCUCCAUAAAUUGAUUUUAAAAAAUCAAACUCGACUGUAAUUGUGUCAUCACACAGCGAGUCUAAAAAUCAAAUCUUACCAAUAUUCAAAUAUGAAUAAAAUGACACAGGGAGGUUGUGUAAGAUCAUUACAGAAAAUCUGACUUCCGAUCAGUUCACAAAGUGAAUUUGAGUGAGUCUGAGGGUGAAGAGGAUGAUUAAACAUUUUUAUCACACAGAAGUACAGCUGCUGAUUUGAGCUAAUGUUUGCUAGCAUUAGCGUCUGACCUCAGUCUUAUUAGCUACACAGCUGAUUCAUGAGGAUCUGCUUCCUAGAUUUCUGUCUUUAACGAACAGAAACAGUUAAAACUGGAUUGCUGUUUGAUCACUAAAGAUUAUUUGAUGAAAAAAUGAAUGAAUUUCCGAUUUAUAAAGCUGUUUCUCAUUUUCAUCUUGGAACAAAAAGCAUCCUGUCCUGACCUGAUAGCACCACCACAAAUAGCUGUUCACUCACUUCCUGUAGCCACUCGGAGCCAUCAAUCAGUUCAUACGGCUUUCAUAGUUUAAACCCAGGAGUCGUGAGGAGCAGAAAUGUCUGAUCUAAACAGGUUACCGGGUUCCAGUGGAUUUCUGCUUUCUUUCCGUUUUGACUUUGGUGCCGUGACCCGAAUCUGGAAUCUCAGAGGGAUGUGGAGACGUAGUUGUGUGAUGUGGACUGUUGGGUUUUUUUUUUUCAUAUUAGACUCUUCCUUCUGUCUAACAUCUAGCCCAAGAGGUGGCGCUCUACACAGCCACAGUCUGCUUGUGAUUAGUGCCUUCAUUUGUCCCGGUGUCUCUGCUCACGUCCGCUUACUUCCGUACGUCUCUGUCCAUGUCUUUAUUCCGUACGAGGGAUGUGGCACGUCUCUGAUCAUUCCGGGUGUCGAAUGGUUUGUGCCUGUUAGCCUGCCAUGUUCCACCAUCUUCUCACCAGCUGUGUGUGCUAGCAUGAAGCUCAACCCCAAACCCCUCCCCUGAUCUCACGCCGCAUUCGCUCAGAUCCAACCAGUGGCGUCUGUAGGAACAUAACCCCGCCCCUCAUUCAGACCUUCAUGCCUUUCAUGCAUCAGUUUUAGCAAAUGCGCAGGUGUGAGAUCACGCUCUUUCUGCUGAUCGACACUUUCUUUAAGAAAGAGAAGAAUGAAAGAAAGAAAAAACUCCACUCUACACACGUGAGGUCCAUCAGACAGGAAAAGUUUAGUGUCUAAAGUUGUUUGGGGUUUUUUUCAUGUGAGCUGUAGGAGUUUGUCACACACUAAACACAUCAUAUUUCCAGGCCCAAAGCUAAACUCAUCCCACCGUAAGAGGCCUUACGCUCUUCAGCCGAAAACACACACACUGUCCGCAGAAACCCUGGAGAUGUGAGUGAGUACAGAUAUAAAAUAUUCAUCUGCAGAAUUCUGUGUUCAGCUCCACGGAGGCAUGGCUUCGCUAGGACAUGCCACGUGUAAGCAUUCACAUGUAAUGUACAAAGCUUUAUUUCAGGUUUUGGGCAGUUUGUGCGUAUUUGUGUGUGUGUGUGUGUGGUUUCUUGUCCAUGUGUGUCGUGUAGCAUGUGGAGUUUGGAAAUAAAACUUGCGUCGCUGAGAAAUUUGCAUGUGUGGGAAAAAAACAGAAAUCAGUUCAAUGGCUGUGUUCCAAUCCAGUUUUUAAUGCACCCUUGCUGCCUUCCCCUCGGUCCUCAUCAGCUGUGUAAAGGUUCUGUUAGCGUAUGAGUUUGAGUGAAAUGGAUUUGAUGAGGAAUGGGAUAGAUGCCAGUGCUGGUUUUAGUAACUCUGCUACUAGCCCCCCUGUGUGCUUCAGUCCUCCACAGCACUUUUUUCAUUACUAAAGAAUGCAGUGUAGGUUUUAUCCGUUUAGAGUUACAUUAGUGGUUUAUUAUCGUGGAACUCUGAGGAAAUGCUUGUCAAAAUCCAUCAAGCCAACAGAGUUAGCAAGUUAGCAUGCAAAACACCACCGUCUGCUGGAAGUGCACACUCCUGUGAAGUAGACAAAUCACACUGAAUGAGGGCACGCUAGACGCGGUUUGGGACACAUAGCGUGAUGCGGCACUUCCUCCUGUUUACAAAGCCAAGGUCUGCAGACGCUGUUUUCCUUCACAACCUGAAAUAAAAUGGUGUCUGACUACAGAGUGCAAAAAAAAGAAGUGAGGGCACAAAAAGAGGAAUAAAGAAGAUUUUUUAUGAUUGUUUCAUAAGAAGUUUUAACGCCACUGCAUGCAGGAUGAAAAAGCCAAAAAUCUGAGUGCACAAACACCUGCUUUUAUUUUAUCAGCUAACAAUCACUAUGCUUCCUUUACUCAGCACACUGUGCUCUGAUUGGUUGAGAGCAGUACACUGUGCUCUGAUUGGCUGAGAGCAGAACACUGUGCUCUGAUAGGCUGAGAGCAGAACACUGUGCUCUGAUAGGCUGAGAGCAGCACACUGUGCUCUGAUUGGCUGAGAGUAGUACAUUGUGUUCUGAUUGGCUGAGAGCAGUAUGUGUGCUCUGAUUGGCUGAGAGCAGAACCCUGUGCUCUGAUAGGCUAAGAGCAGAACACUGUGCUCUGAUUGGUUCAGAGCAGUAUGUGUGCUCUGAUUGGCUGAGAGCAGAACACUAUGCUCUGAUAGGCUGAGAGCAGAACACUGUGCUCUGAUUGGCUGAGAGUAGCACACUGUGUUCUGAUUGGCUGAGAUUAGCACACUAUGUUCUGAUUGGCUGAGAGCAGUAAUCAAAGAUGAAAGAAAGAAAGAUUCCAAAGAAUUUUGGAAUUUAUGGCACUUUCAAUAUAGUUAAGGAAUUUAUUCAUUUUAAGCAUAUUUGCAUAUUUUCUGAUCGUCACAGCAGCUGACCAAUCAGCCGCUUCAUUUCUAAUCACACUCUGUGUUCUAGCACACUCGUUCUAUUCGUAUUAAGAUUGUGUGAUGGACUAAAACUUGCUCAACAUUUUCGUGAAUGCAUUUUGGAAUUUUUAUGACUCUACAAUGUUAUAAACAAACACAACACAGGCAAUAAUAUCAUCAGGCUUUAAGAUACAGAUUAGCUAAGACUCGCUACGUCGCCAUAGCAGCAGCCUGGCAGGGUAAACAGUGUGGGGUGAAGAAAGCAUCAGAUCAGUGUCUGAUACCUGAUGAAAUCAAAGCUGCAGGAGUGCACUCGGACGUUUGGAAAACCAAAGCGUGUAUUUUUGAAGAGCUCUUUUAGUUUAGUUCUGUGUAGUGUUGUGUUGUGUUGUGUUGCCUGCAGGUGGGUGGAGCCUCCAGCACUGACGCAGCAUUUCCACGGGAACAGGAGACAAAUAUUUUAUUACAGAUCUAUUUAAAAAGAAUUAGCCACUGUUAGCACUAAGACUUGGCUAGCGUUUAUUUUCUCUAUUUCCUGUGGGUGGCACUCUGAGCAUUGUGGUGUGUGUGUGUGUGUGUGUGUGUGUUGUUCAGUGAGAUCAGCUUCCCAAUGUGAACUUGUUCUUUCUGUGCAUUUUGGAUGUUAUUCUUGUAUGAUUUGAAACAAUUCAAAAGAAAAAAAAACGACAAAAUAUAUAUCUAUAUAAUCCAUAUAAAUAUAUAUCUCAUCUCGUUUUUUUUUCACCAUGUGUGGUCCUGCUGCCACGUCACACUGUGUGAUGAUGUUGUCAUGGCAACAAUGAAAGCUGUUUAUUGCAGACCUGA